ACCUGACACUAUUGACAGCUGUCUUAAUAAAAAUAAAGGUGAGACUUAAACAAACUUGAGAAAACUUGGAUUUUGUUUAUAAGUUAGUUUAAGAAAUAUUAAAAUUGCAAUAGUGAAUAAUGGGCAGUACAGCCAAAGCCAUAAUGACUGGUUUUAUAUGUAGACUCUGUUCAGAGCAGAAAAAAGUUGUAGUCCAUUUAUACACUAAAAGGGCCAGAGAGUUAGAUUUGAUAAAGAAAAUGGAAUCUUUACCAAUUACACUCAAAAAAUACGACAAUUUACCAAAAACAAUAUGUUUACGGUGCAUCCUAAGGUUAGAAGUUCAAUAUAAUCUUAUACUCAAAAUUAGAUCUUCAAGGGCAGUAAUCAAAAGUCAUAGAAUGUACCAUAGUAAUGGCAGAUGUCCAGUGGAAUGUCCCCUACAUGGUGUACCAGAUUCAACUUGGUCCUCCUCGCCCCCAGAAGAAGCAGAGGGAGCUAGUAAUUCCUAAAUGUGAUACACCUUAUAACAACUAUCUCUAUUUUAUUCGGUAUAUUUUGACAAGUAUGAGCCGCAUGCUCAUUUGAACUUCAAUAUUUAUUUUAUUUACUUUCAUGAGAUCAUUGUCGAUUCCAUUUUGUGGUUUAGUGUAUUAUUGUUGUCAUUUGAAGUUCUUACUGAGCUCUUAUAAAGUAAUUAAAAUGAUUUAAUAAACUUUUAUAAAACA